AUGCUUCGCAACCUCAAGGACAUCGCCACUGUCAGCAGUGCGCGACGCUUUCCAAACCAUCUCCACCUCAUCUGCAGCCUGUGCAAUGAAACUUACGAUGAAGGUGAAACCGUGGUCAUCAUCGAUGUCAGCGCCAGCAGUGAGGGCCCGAUCAGUUUCAAGACGUACGCGAUUGAGCCACCGAGGGCAGCCUCUGGCGCAUUCGACCCCUGCGAACCUCGCUGUGGCGCGCGAACGUCGUAUUGCUCACAUGCAAUAUGUUAUAAGUGCUCCCCUCGCUGCCACGGCGUGAGCACCCACCAAGCUUGUUUCGAGAACCUGCUGCAGAUGCUCCCUGGCCUUAAGGAAAGUGUCGAUGUUAUCGACCUUGCCACACGUGUACGCUUCGCGCUGCGCACGCGGUCUCCUUGGGCACAAUGCUGGGCUUUUCCACUUUUACCACCGAGAUUUCUAGGCGGGCAGAUUUACUUGCCGGGCGGCCGUUUACCGCCUGAAUUAAUGCAGCAGAUUGCCAAUACUACUGGUCGGAUGGAGCGCCGCUGGCUUCACAUUGGCUCUUCGAUACCAUCGCUGAAUCUAAAGAAGGAAGGCAAAAGGUUGCGCCUUCGGCAAGUCAGCUCAUGGGGACGUGGUACAGAACCACUAUCUCAUGAGACUGUGGUCAAACAUGACGUCUUACUCAAGUUCGAUUGGGCUGGGCUCGUUGAGAUUUGCGAACCAACCGCCGCAGACGACUUCGGCUGGAAUGAGCAUUUCCUCUUCUGCCUCGUCAAGGCUGCAGACCCGCUCCAGGAAUGCAAAGCAACCUUCCAGUCUGGCAAGAUCGUGGGCGUCCAUCGUCACACGGAGCGCGAGCCCCUCGGUUCUAUAUCUGUUGGUCGUCCUCGGGUGGGCAUCCAGCCCGGAGAGGGAGGACUGGCUGCAAACGCCAGCGCUAAGCCGACGAUGGUCUUCUAUACGAAUCCGGCAGGAGGCGUGGAAUGGAUGGAUCUCAUAUCAAGCAAAACAUUUGAUCACAAGCACGAGGGGCCUCUUCCAAUUCUGGGCUGUGUUUCUUUUCACAACAUUCGGUCUCUCAAUCUAUACCUGAACGCCUCGCCACCAACUGCAACCUUUACUGGCAUUCGGGGGGCUGUGUUGACUCACGUCAAUGGUUCACGCAGUGCAGUCGGUGAUUGCUGGCCAGAGACUUUCGUGGAGCGCACAAUCGACAGCAGGGAGGCAAUUGUCACGAUGGGAAACGCCUUGACCACAUGCACAAAUUGCAAGACAGACACCUGCGCUUUGUCACUCUUGCAAUCUCGAACACGGCCGGCAACGGCCGCAGGAUCACCCAGGAUCUCUGGAUUCAACGUCGGCGUGAGCCCCUACCACAUUAGCGCAUCCAGCAGGAGUUUCGGCAGCCGUACCUGUCGAACGCUGGCCGGAGCACUCCAACUGUACAAGAUUCGCCGGAACCCACUUGCAUUUGUACACGCUGCAAGACUCGGACCACUAUCCGCCACAGAGCUCUUCAAAUGGAGUACGCGCAAGGACGAGGUCAACCAGCCCAAAGACUACGAUUAUACGCGCAAGUAUGACCUCAUGGACCUGGACGCUGAAUACGACUUCAUCGACCCAGACUUUAUGUACGACCACCCUCACCUGGACAAAUAUUUCUGGGCUUCCGCUCCGCUCUCGCCACUAGCUAUCGCAAGCUUCCAUAACAGUACCGAGGGCAUCGAAGUUAUCCUCAGUUGCGGCGCUCAGGUUGAUCUCAACCAUAAGUUCGUGUGCAACCACGAUGUACCCUGGUCCAGUCCGGCGGAACUCGCGGAUGGCAUGCCGUGGCUCAUUGAGUCACGGCCAAAAGGGUCGACCUUGAGAGUCGACUCUGCUUGGACCGCACUUGAGAUAGCAGUAUGUGGCGGCUCAGUACAGGCUGUGGAGAUUCUGCUGCCCCACGUCAAGAAGGUGAAGGCGGCACAGGAUAUCCUCGAACGCUCAUUCCUGUCCGCCGUGGCACACCGGCAAUUCUCGAUCAUAGAGGUGUUACUGCAGGAAGUCGAGUUGAUGCCUCAACUUGGGCGAGAAGCCUUGUUCUACUGCGUUGUAGGACAUUCUGACGGAGCAGACGAGAUCGCUGAAAUGCUUGUCGACGCAGGUGUCACUAUAGAUGCACAGGCUCCUGCUCCAUGGAAUAUCCUUCACAUCGCAGGGAUAUAUGGCCAAUUUCGUGUGGGAAAGCUGGGGGCCUCUGACGAGGACCUAGGGUAUGCUGAGGAGCGACCUAUGCUUCCGUGCGGGCGAUGCCGUCUGACACGGAGGCAGUCUGACUGCGAUCACGGCCAGUGGCCUUCACGCCGACAACUCUCUCGCAUCACGGAUUAUGAGCUGGGCAACAGUCGGCAGCAGAUCUGGUACUUUGUAGAACUGCAAGAAGUCCGCGGCGAGCGAACUCGGAAUGCAUACGUGGCCGAGACCAGCUUGCUUAAGGCGUCUAACUUCGAUCUUUCCUUUCUCCAGCAAUACUGGAAGGAUCAUCGUGUUCCUAUAAGACGGAAAAAGACUAUCGACCCCAAGCAUGCAGUGGCUUUCCAGGGCCAUCUGCAUAUCGACUCCAUGGGUAUGCACAGUCGCAUCAGCCCCAACGGUGUCGAUCGCUUCGGAAACACCAAACAGGUUGGCACAGUGUGA